CUGAAUUGCUGAAGUUGUGUGUUUUGUUCGGUGACUCCAAUUACCGAAAUGACCCGCUUCUGAGUUUGAUGUGUUCUAUGGAUUGUUGAAAGUUUAAGCUUUCUAAACUCGGCCGGUUUAGGUAGGUUCAGUGAAAAAAGCCGGCCCUCUGAAUAGCGUAAGAUUGGAGGGAUUGAAAGGGCUAUAAUUGGUAUUUUGGCAUACUACCGCUCCCUCUCUCUAUCUCUUCAGUUUUGCACUCCUAAUUUUGGUGGUAAAGAUUUGAGCUUUUUCCAGUUUUUCUGUGCAAUGUAAUGUUGUUAGCAACUCUUUAACAAUUUCAUGGUUGAUUCGACUGGUAUUAUUGGGCCGCGAUGGGUCCUCUUACUCUGGCCGUCAAUUUGGAAAGCUUUACUUGUCCGUUGACUCCAAAGACUAAAAUGCCCGGCUUUCUUAGUUUCAUGUGUUCUAAGUUUCUGAGUUUCAUGCAUUGUGGAAGAAUUGGAUUUUUAUUUGAUGCAUGUGGCAAGAAAUUUCAGAAUGUUACUAUGGCAAAGCGGAAGUCUUUUGCAUCUGUCAGCAUGCAGGACGAUAAGCCUUUUGAUUUGUUGCGUACUUUAUUUGAGGGUGUUAUAGCAGGAGGUACAGCUGGUGUUGUUGUUGAAACAGCUUUAUAUCCCAUUGAUACUAUAAAGACAAGAUUGCAGGCCCAUGGUUUGCUCUCCAUGUGGUAUGGGGGCUUCAAAAUCCUCUCACAUUACCUAGCUAGCUAUUUGCUAGAGUUUCCUGCCACCUGAAGAUUGUAGGGUUUGGCAAGAGGCCCCAGUUUUGAGCCUGGGUCCCUGAAGCAGGUUUGCAGGAUUUCUGGGUAUCAAAGAAGGAUAGAAGUAUUUACUUGAUUCUCACUUGUUUUAUUUUCCCAGUUUUUUUUUUUGCCUACAUUGUUCUGCUUACACUGCUACAUUGAACUAUGCUGUUGUCCAGUUUGGGGUGACUUUUCUUGGUUUCUAGUUGCAAUGAUGUUCAUGUCUUGUUGUCAAUCUUGGUUUUGCAAUUCAUACUUUCUGUGAUAGAUUUGUCAUUUCAAAUUUAAUUAUGGGCAAGAAAUCUAGUUGAUAGGAAAUGACUUUUAUGUCAUUUCAAAUCAUUAUGGGCAAUUCAUACUUUCAUCGAUGUAAUACCCAAAAGGCCAUGUCACGAAUGGAGUUUCUUGUAAUAGCUUAUAUACAUAGACCGACUUAAUACAACUCUCGACCUGGAACUCACCCAAAUUCAGAGUCCCGUAUAGACAAAAUUAGGGUGCUAAGGUCUCCCUUGUUGAAAUUCUUCCGUCCUCAUCGGGGCCUGACAACUCAAGUCUGCCGUCAGUACUCCUCAAUGUUGGGAUGACUACUAGUAUUUGUCACAACAUGAGAUAUUCUAAAAUGAGUUUUUACUAAUUCAGCUCCUUAUAUUGACUUGUGUAGUUCCAGAAUGUCCUGGCAGAUAUACAGUAUUCUGUGUACGAUUGAAUAAUUCCUACAUAAAUUGUAAAAGAGUACUAAAGUGGUAUCAUACUGUCUCUGUGCACUUAAUGUUGGCAACAUAGGAUAAUCAGAUAACAAUAGUGCGCUGUCUUUCUUAUGUAUUGUGAGAUAAAUAUGAUAAGUUCUGGUGAAAAAAAUUACUUUAUGUCUUUGGUUCUGAGUUUUAAUCGGAUUAGUUUGGUUGGGACAAGUUCCUGUCUGUCUGAUUGUCUUCAUAGAAGAGUCCUGUUCAUUGUCUUUUACUAUGAUUAGAGUUAACUAAAUUAUCCAUCUGUUUGACCUAAAGCAAUUAUCUGAUACAUUUAAUAUCAAACUCUUCUAGGUGCAUUAACUGGAGUUAUAACCACUCCCCUUGAUGUGUUUAAAACUAGACUAAUGGUACAGGUAAGGCCAUCUGCUAUUCAGCAUGUUACUUGUCUCCCCUAGUCCCCUUGAUAACUAACUACGCUAUGGGCCUCCAACUGUUUGCUCUCCUUUUUCUUUACUUCCUUUUUUUUUUUUUCAAAAAUGGAUCUGCCAACCAGUACAAAGGAAUUGUUGACUGUGUUCAGACUAUUGUGAGGGAAGAAGGACCUCCCACUCUUUUGAAGGUAUGCAUUGAGCCUUUAUAUCCCUUGUAAUAUAAAACUAUAAAAUAUGACUGCCAUGUAUCUUAUUGCAGCUCUUGAAAAGUUAAACAAUUAUGCAAAAUGUUGUGCUGUUAAUAUUGCAUUUGUUUUUUCUUCGGUUCUUGUAAGUUAUGUUUCUUAGGGGAAGUGAAAUUGAUUGUUUAGUCUUAUGCCUUGUU